CUGAAUAUUCUGAGACACUGGGACCACAGCGGCCACAAGGCUGAAAACUGCAUCCAACCAGUCCUCUGGACUUCGGAAGCAGGGACAGGGCCCAGGACAGCAGCAGCCAUCAGGACCUGGGAAAUAAGGCUUCUUCUGCUUCCACUCCAGGUUUUUAGCAGCUUGGUGCUAAAUUGCUCUCUCAAAAUGCAGAGGAUCUAAUUUGCAAAGGAAAACAGCCAAGGAAGGAAGAGGAGAAAAAGGGGGGAAAGGAGAAAAAGAAAAAGAGAGUGCUUUGUGGAUGCUCUACUUUUCUUGGAAAUGCAAAAGAUUAUGCAUAUUUCUGUCCUUCUUUCUCCUGUUUUUUGGGGACUGAUUUUUGGUGUCUCUUCUAACAGCAUACAGAUAGGGGGGCUAUUUCCGAGGGGCGCUGAUCAGGAAUACAGUGCAUUUCGGGUAGGGAUGGUUCAAUUUUCUACUUCGGAGUUCAGACUGACACCCCACAUCGACAAUCUGGAGGUAGCAAACAGCUUCGCAGUCACCAAUGCUUUCUGCUCCCAGUUUUCAAGAGGAGUAUAUGCCAUUUUUGGCUUUUAUGACAAGAAGUCUGUAAAUACCAUCACAUCAUUUUGUGGAACGCUUCAUGUCUCCUUCAUCACUCCCAGCUUCCCGACAGAUGGCACACACCCAUUUGUCAUUCAGAUGAGACCUGACCUCAAAGGCGCACUUCUUAGCUUGAUUGAAUACUAUCAAUGGGAUAAGUUUGCAUAUCUCUAUGACAGUGAUAGAGGCUUGUCGACCCUGCAGGCUGUGCUAGACUCUGCUGCUGAAAAGAAAUGGCAGGUGACUGCUAUUAACGUGGGAAACAUUAACAAUGACAAGAAAGAUGAGACCUACCGAUCGCUUUUUCAGGAUCUGGAGUUAAAAAAAGAACGGCGUGUAAUCCUCGAUUGUGAACAGGAUAAAGUAAACGACAUUGUGGACCAGGUUAUUACCAUUGGAAAACAUGUUAAAGGGUACCAUUACAUCAUUGCAAAUCUGGGUUUUACAGAUGGAGACUUACUAAAAAUUCAAUUUGGAGGUGCCAAUGUCUCUGGAUUUCAGAUAGUAGACUAUGAUGAUUCUCUCGUGUCUAAAUUUAUAGAGAGAUGGUCAACUCUGGAAGAAAAAGAGUACCCUGGAGCACAUACAACAACAAUUAAGUACACUUCUGCUCUGACCUAUGAUGCCGUGCAAGUGAUGACUGAAGCUUUCCGCAACCUUCGAAAGCAGAGGAUUGAAAUCUCACGGAGGGGGAAUGCUGGAGACUGUCUAGCAAACCCAGCCGUUCCCUGGGGACAAGGGGUAGAAAUAGAAAGGGCCCUCAAACAGGUUCAAGUUGAAGGUCUCUCUGGAAAUAUAAAGUUUGACCAGAAUGGAAAACGAAUAAACUACACAAUUAACAUCAUGGAGCUCAAAACUAAUGGGCCCCGGAAGAUUGGAUACUGGAGUGAAGUGGACAAAAUGGUUGUUACUCUCACCGAGCUCCCUUCUGGAAAUGACACGUCUGGGCUUGAGAAUAAGACUGUUGUUGUCACUACAAUCUUGGAAUCUCCAUAUGUUAUGAUGAAGAAAAAUCACGAAAUGCUUGAAGGCAAUGAGCGCUAUGAGGGCUACUGUGUUGACUUGGCUGCAGAAAUUGCCAAACAUUGUGGGUUCAAAUACAAGUUGACAAUUGUUGGUGAUGGCAAGUAUGGGGCCAGGGAUGCAGACACAAAGAUUUGGAAUGGGAUGGUUGGAGAACUUGUCUAUGGGAAAGCUGAUAUUGCAAUUGCACCAUUAACUAUUACCCUUGUGAGAGAAGAGGUGAUUGACUUCUCAAAGCCCUUUAUGAGCCUCGGGAUAUCUAUCAUGAUCAAGAAGCCUCAGAAGUCUAAACCGGGAGUGUUUUCAUUUCUUGAUCCUUUAGCCUAUGAGAUCUGGAUGUGCAUUGUUUUUGCCUACAUUGGGGUCAGUGUAGUUUUAUUCCUGGUCAGCAGAUUUAGCCCCUACGAGUGGCACACUGAGGAGUUUGAAGAUGGAAGAGAAACACAAAGUAGUGAAUCAACUAAUGAAUUUGGGAUUUUUAAUAGUCUCUGGUUUUCCUUGGGUGCCUUUAUGCAGCAAGGAUGCGAUAUUUCGCCAAGAUCCCUCUCUGGGCGCAUUGUUGGAGGUGUGUGGUGGUUCUUUACCCUGAUCAUAAUCUCAUCCUACACGGCUAAUUUAGCUGCCUUCCUGACUGUAGAGAGGAUGGUGUCUCCCAUCGAAAGUGCUGAGGAUCUUUCUAAGCAAACAGAAAUUGCUUAUGGGACUUUAGACUCUGGCUCCACAAAAGAGUUUUUUAGGAGAUCUAAAAUUGCAGUGUUUGAUAAAAUGUGGACCUACAUGAGAAGUGCAGAGCCCUCUGUGUUUGUGAGGACUACAGCAGAAGGGGUAGCUAGAGUACGAAAGUCCAAAGGAAAAUAUGCCUACUUGCUGGAGUCCACGAUGAAUGAGUAUAUAGAGCAAAGGAAACCUUGCGACACCAUGAAAGUUGGUGGAAACUUGGAUUCCAAAGGAUAUGGCAUCGCAACACCUAAAGGAUCUUCAUUAAGAACCCCAGUAAAUCUUGCAGUAUUGAAACUCAGUGAGCAAGGCGUCUUAGACAAGCUGAAAAACAAAUGGUGGUACGAUAAAGGUGAAUGUGGAGCCAAGGACUCUGGAAGUAAGGAAAAGACCAGUGCCCUCAGUCUGAGCAACGUUGCUGGAGUAUUCUACAUCCUUGUCGGGGGCCUUGGUUUGGCCAUGCUGGUGGCUUUGAUUGAGUUCUGUUACAAGUCAAGGGCCGAGGCGAAAAGAAUGAAGGUGGCAAAGAAUGCACAGAAUAUUAACCCAUCUUCCUCGCAGAAUUCACAGAAUUUUGCAACUUAUAAGGAAGGUUACAACGUAUAUGGCAUCGAAAGUGUUAAAAUUUAGGGGAUGACCUUGAGUGAUGCCAUGAGGAACAAGGCAAGGCUGUCAAUUACAGGAAGUACUGGAGAAAAUGGACGUGUUAUGACUCCAGAAUUUCCAAAAGCAGUGCAUGCUGUCCCUUACGUGAGUCCUGGCAUGGGAAUGAAUGUCAGUGUGACUGAUCUCUCGUGAUUGAUAAGAACCUUUUGAGUGCCUUACACAAUGGUUUUCUUGUGUGUUUAUUGUCAAAAUGAUAAGAGGCAUCCAGUAUCUUGAAGACUUUUCUUUCAGCCAAGAAUUCUUAAAUAUGUGGAGUUCAUCUUGAAUUGCAAGGAAUGAUUAACAAAAAACACAACAUCAUUUUCUACUCGAGUUCCAGACGAUGCUUGGUGGACAUGCACAGCUAACAUGGAAGUACUCUAAUUUCACUGAAGUCUUUGUACAGACAACAAACCUGUUUCUGCAGUCACUAUUGUUAGUCUCUUGAUUCAUAAUGACUUAAGCACACUUGACAUCAACUGCAUCAAGAUGUGACAUGUUUUAU